AUGGCUGGGAUGCCAGGCGUUACGCCCUACAGCUCCGGUGUAGUCCACUCUGGACCCGUGGACGUGGGACAGGCCAUCAACCUCGACAACAUUCGAGGCAAGACAAUUGUCAUUACCGGCGGCGCGUCCGGGUUCGGCGCAGCAUGUUCGCGGCACUGGGCCUCGCACGGCGCCAACAUCAUCCUCGGGGACGUCAACCACCAGCAAGGCACGGAACUGGUCUCCCAGCUGAGACAGACGACCGAGAACCCACACCACCACUUCAUCCCUCUCGACGUGACGUCGUGGUCCUCGCAGGUGCGUUUCUUCCGCGAAGCCACGCGCCUCUCCCCCCACGGCGGCAUCGACACCGUCAUGGCCAACGCGGGCAUCGCCGACGCCGAGGAACAGAGACUCUUCGAGCAACAAGUACCGGACUAUUCGCGGCUUGACGGGCCCGCGCCGCCGCCGAGACUGCGCACGUACGAGACGAAUCUCACGGGCGUGCUGUACACCGCGCACCUGGCUCUGUCGUACCUGUCGCGCAAUCCGGGCAGUCAGAAGUGCAAGUGCAGCAGCAGCAGCAGCACCACCACCACCACCACCACCAUGACGGGCCAGCAAGGCGCCGCCGCACCGAGAGACCGGCAUUUACUGCUCGUGGCCAGCGUCGCGGGUCUGGCAGGCCUGCCGGGCCAGCCGCUGUACACAGCCGCCAAGCACGGGGUUGUAGGCCUGUUCCGGAGCCUGAGGAUCACGAGCCCCAUCACGUUGGGAGUCCGCGUGAACAUGAUCAAUCCAUACUUCGUCGACACGCCCAUCCUCGGCCCGCUGGGCGCGUUCGUCCUCGCCGGUGGCGCGAUGGCGCGUCUCGAGGCCGUCGUGGAGGCGAGCACGCGCCUCGUCGCGGACCACGGCAUCAUCGGCCGGGGCCUGAUCAUCGCGAGCAAGACAUCCAAGGAACAUGCCAAGGCCGUCGGGCUGGAACCGCAGACCGAGGAUUACGACCAGGAGAUCUGGGACUGCUAUGCCGACGACUUCGAGCAGAGCGAUCUGUUCACCCGGCGCAUCGUCGCCGUCACGAACCUGGUCACGAGCGCGAGGGGCUCGAUUGGCAUCUGGGUCGACAUUGGGUCGAAUUUGUCGAGGAGGUUCUGGAGGGCGUUAGGGUAUUAG